AUGGAUAUAUUUUCAUGCUAUAAAAAAGAUGAUAUACCUUUUGUUCGGAUUUCUGCUCCUAUGGUUCGAUAUACAAAAUUACCAUUCCGUUUACUACUUCGAAAACAUAACGUUGAUUUAGUUCAUACACCCAUGAUACUGGCUAAUUCAUUUAUUCGAUCAGAGAAAGCAAGAAAUGUUGAGUUUACAACUUGUUCAAAUGAUCGACCGUUGAUUGUACAACUUGCGUCAAAUGAUCCAUGUGAAUUUGCUAUAGCCACGGAAAUGCUUGCACCAUAUUGUGAUGGAAUUGACUUAAAUUGUGGUUGUCCUCAACCCUGGGCGAUAGGUAGUGGAUUAGGAUCAGCCCUAUUAAAAGAACCUGAAAAAGUUGCCAAUAUUGUACAUGCCGCUCGAAAUACGAUUCCGCGAUGGCGUAAUUCUCACAUGGAAAGUUGUAAAAUGUUAGACUAUAUAGAGGAUUCAAAUAAAAAUAACAAAGCAGAAAAUAAAUUUAGGUCUAUAACACGAUCUCAUGGUCCAUUCUCAAUUUCUGCUAAAAUUCGUAUACCAACUACAAGUAAUAGAUCUGUUGGAGAAGGAAGUUCAUGCGAUCCAAUCAAACUUACCGUUGAACUUGUCCGACGUUUAUCUGUAAUGGGUGUUGACUGGGUUACACUACAUACAAGAACACCUCAACAACGUAGCAGGGACUGUGCUUCAUGGAAUGUGGUUCAAGAAUUGGUCGACUGUAAAAUUAAACAUUCUUACUUGGGUACUGAUAUUCCAAUAAUACUGAAUGGUGAUGUCCGUGUACUAAACGAUGCAUAUUGUGCUCAGGAAAUGACCGGUUGUCAUGGUGUUAUGGUUGGUAGGGCCUUGUUGAAAUUCCCACAUCUUUUUACUCCAAAUUAUAUCGAGGAUGAAAACUCACUUCGCUAUUUAUAUGAAGAUUGGUUACUUUUAUCUACACAAUAUACAGGAGGCACAAGUUUUGUAACUGUUCAUCAACAAGCAUAUUGGAUGAUGGAACCAUUUCUGGACAAAACAAAUAGAUUAAUUUUGCAUAGUAUUGGAAGUUUCCAAGGUUUAGUCGAUUGGCUUUUUAAAUAUUUCAAGACAGAAAACAGCUGA